AUGUCGAGAUUGAGGAGAUACGAGGUGGCGCUGGAGGUGGAGGAGGACUCGGCGCACCCUCGCGAGCAGAAGCUGGAGACUCUGCAGCUGGUGAGCUGUCUGUCAAGCGGCCUGGGCUCUGCUCGCCAACGCUCCAAUCGCGGCCGCCCCCGUCGCACCCCCGCUGCCACUGUCCAGUCAGCUGGUGCAUUAAAGAUUUAAACCGAAGCCACCGUGCUGCCCACCUGACUCUGCCGCCGCUGCCGCCAUUCCGGCUAGGAGCCCCUCUCCAAGCGGCUGAUUCCUUACUGACAGGGCCUCUCUCCCCGAUAAGGUGCCCGUCCAUAUCCCGGCCCCCAGUAUUCCUAAGGAUGCCCCAUCAGAGUUAGGCCUCUGCUCCUAUCGUACAGGCUUGUCACUACCUAAUCACCACCACCCCAUCCCCGGCCCAACACACACGCGCACACGCAUGCACGCCAGGUCUUCCUCCCAACCUUAUCCCCACAUCCAUAAGAUUCUCACAACGCUAGCCCUUUACUACUACCACCUUCCUCCUAUUCUGGGUUUUGCCAGGUGUCUGAAGAAUCUUCCUCUCCUGGGAGUGGAUCUAAAAUACUUUAAGCCCAGAGUUGUAGAAAGUAGGCUGUGAGAAAAGGGGGGAAGAUUCCUAGAAACUGCCUCCCUCAACCUGACACGAGGGAAUGACUUUGGACUGUUAGAGCCCUUUCCUACAAUUAAUACCCCAGUGUCUGGCUCCUUUGGUCUCAUCCCAAGUUUAAAGAUACUUGGCAUCAACCUACCAAGCAUUACCUCCCUGGGAAGCCAACACUUCUACAUGCCCUUUCUGUCUUGUCACCCAGUUGACCUGAGACCCACUAGUGCCUGAAGUGCUGAAGAGUUGAGGAUGCCUAGUGGGACUGCUUUCACUUAGGGACUGGCCACCAUAGAAGGCACCAGAGAAGUAAAGAGACAACCCAGUUUUUUGGGGUGGGUUUGUUUUUUGUUUUUUUUUUUUUUCUUCUUUUAGGG